AAGCUUACACCCUUCCUCCUCCUUGCCAAGUCCGCAAAGGGCAAGGCCGCCGCCGACCUUGUCUCACAGGCAACUGCGGCUCCAGGAUUGUACAAUUAUGGGGAGUUACUGGAAACCGAGAGUAUCAAAGCGUUGCAAGGAGGUAAGGAGUGGGAGAUGUUGAGGCUGUUCGCGUAUGGGACCUAUAUGGACUAUAAAGGCAAUUCCGAUGCAUAUCCUCCUUUGUCAGAUGCUCAGCUCGCCAAGCUGAAAGUGUUGACUCUCGUCUCCCUUGCGUCAAUAGCCAGUGCGCAUACACUCCCUUACACCGACCUCAUGUCUACUCUUGACCUAUCUUCUGACUCGGCACUGCGCGUACUCAUUAUUACCGCAAUAUAUGCGGGUCUGAUUGACGGAAAGAUGGAUGCUGCUACUCAAUCCUUCCGCGUAUCUCGUACGAAGGGCCGAGAUAUCGAAUUGUCAGACACCAAGACCGUGGACAAAAUGUUAGCGAUAUUGACCACGUGGGAUGCUGCCUGUACUGGUGUAUUGCAGGAUAUCGAUGACAAACUGAGAGAUAUUGCCGAAGCAAGGAAAGAGAAAGAGCACGCUGACGCUGCACAUGCGGCGAAGUGCGAUAAAAUUACAGACGAGCUCAAGGCGCAGCAAGAGAAGAGCAAGGGUAAAGGCAAGGGCAAGGCAGGUUUUAACGACGACGCCAUGGACAUCGACGAAGGAGCUGGGCAUGAGGGCUCGGUGGGUAGCGGUAGG